AUGUUAACUGUUAUUAUCGGAGCGUACGAGCGUACUCAACAUAAUGACAAGAACAGAGAAUGUACUGUGAACUCUCAAGUGCAGCUGAUCAGCGUGGCGAAAUGCGGUCAAGGCUACGCUUUUACCGUGCCCUGCCUCCGGCGAUGGCUGGUGGCGCCGUGGGAUGCUAGACACGCUAUAUCCACUAUUCACGCAAAGCGCGGUCACCCGAGCCCCUAA